UCCGCGGGCCCCGCCGGGGGGAAGGGGAGAGCACGCCGCGCUUGAAUAAGGGCAGGGAUCGCGGCUCCUACCUAUCGGUCACCCCCUUACCCGUUCCUCCCCCGCCCCAACGCCUAGCACAGUGCCCUGCACACAGUAGGCGCUCAAUAAAUGUUCGUGGAUGAUGAUGAUGAUGAUGAUGAAAAAAAUGCAGCAUCAACGGCAGCAGCAAGCGGACCACGCGAACGAGGCAAACUAUGCAAGAGGCACCAGGCUCCCUCUUUCUGGUGAAGGACCAACUUCUCAGCCGAAUAGCUCCAAGCAAACUGUCCUGUCUUGGCAAGCCGCGAUCGACGCUGCUAGACAGGCCAAGGCUGCCCAAACUAUGAGCACCUCUGCGCCCGCACCUGUAGGAUCUCUCUCCCAAAGAAAACGUCAGCAAUACGCCAAGAGCAAAAAACAGGGUAACUCGUCCAACAGCCGACCUGCCCGCGCCCUUUUCUGUUUGUCACUCAAUAACCCCAUCCGAAGAGCCUGCAUUAGUAUAGUGGAAUGGAAACCAUUUGACAUAUUUAUAUUAUUGGCUAUUUUUGCCAAUUGUGUGGCCUUAGCUAUUUACAUCCCAUUCCCUGAAGAUGAUUCUAAUUCAACAAAUCAUAACUUGGAAAAAGUAGAAUAUGCCUUCCUGAUUAUUUUUACAGUCGAAACAUUUUUGAAGAUUAUAGCGUAUGGAUUAUUGCUACAUCCUAAUGCUUAUGUUAGGAAUGGAUGGAAUUUACUGGAUUUUGUUAUAGUAAUAGUAGGAUUGUUUAGUGUAAUUUUGGAACAAUUAACCAAAGAAACAGAAGGCGGUAACCACUCCAGUGGCAAAUCGGGAGGCUUUGAUGUCAAAGCCCUCCGCGCCUUUCGAGUGUUACGACCACUUCGACUAGUAUCAGGAGUGCCCAGUUUACAAGUUGUCCUGAACUCCAUCAUAAAAGCCAUGGUUCCCCUCCUUCACAUAGCCCUUUUGGUGUUAUUUGUAAUCAUAAUCUAUGCUAUUAUAGGAUUGGAACUUUUUAUUGGAAAAAUGCACAGAACAUGUUUUUUUGCUGACUCAGAUAUCGUAGCUGAGGAGGACCCAGCACCGUGUGCGUUCUCAGGGAAUGGACGCCAGUGUACCGCCAAUGGCACAGAGUGUAGGAGUGGCUGGGUUGGCCCCAAUGGCGGCAUCACCAACUUUGAUAACUUUGCCUUUGCCAUGCUCACCGUGUUUCAGUGCAUCACCAUGGAGGGCUGGACAGACGUGCUCUACUGGGUAAAUGAUGCGAUAGGAUGGGAAUGGCCAUGGGUGUAUUUUGUUAGUCUGAUCAUCCUUGGCUCAUUUUUCGUCCUUAACCUGGUUCUUGGUGUCCUUAGUGGAGAAUUCUCAAAGGAAAGGGAGAAGGCGAAAGCACGGGGAGACUUCCAGAAGCUGCGGGAGAAGCAGCAGCUGGAAGAGGAUCUCAGGGGCUACUUGGAUUGGAUCACCCAAGCAGAAGACAUUGAUCCCGAGAACGAAGAAGAAGGAGGAGAGGAGAGCAAACGAAAUAGGGUCACAGUGGCCGACUUACUAAAAGAGGAUAAGAAGAAAAGGAGGUUUUGCUGCUUUCGCCAACACAGGGCUAAAGAUCACGCCAGCAUGCCCACCAGUGAGACGGAGUCUGUGAACACGGAGAACGUGAGUGGGGAAGGCGAGAACCAAGGCUGCUGUGGGAGCCUCUGUCAAGCCAUCUCAAAAUCCAAGCUCAGCCGCCGCUGGCGCCGCUGGAACCGCUUCAGUCGCAGGAGGUGCAGGGCCGCCGUGAAGUCCGUCACGUUUUACUGGCUGGUGAUUGUCCUGGUGUUUCUCAACACCUUGACCAUUUCCUCCGAGCACUACGACCAGCCCGACUGGUUGACACAGAUUCAAGAUAUCGCCAACAAAGUCCUCUUGGCUCUGUUCACCUGCGAGAUGCUUGUAAAGAUGUACAGCUUGGGUCUCCAGGCAUAUUUCGUCUCUCUUUUCAAUCGGUUUGAUUGCUUCGUGGUGUGUGGAGGAAUUACUGAAACGAUCUUGGUGGAACUGGAAAUCAUGUCUCCUCUGGGCAUCUCUGUGUUUCGCUGUGUUCGGCUCUUGAGAAUUUUCAAAGUGACCAGGCACUGGACCUCCCUGAGCAACUUGGUGGCAUCCUUGUUAAACUCCAUGAAGUCCAUCGCUUCGCUGCUGCUUCUGCUUUUUCUCUUCAUCAUCAUCUUUUCCUUGCUGGGGAUGCAGCUGUUCGGCGGCAAGUUUAAUUUUGACGAAACGCAAACCAAGCGGAGCACCUUUGAUAAUUUCCCUCAAGCGCUUCUAACAGUGUUCCAGAUUCUGACAGGUGAAGACUGGAAUGCUGUGAUGUACGAUGGCAUUAUGGCGUACGGGGGCCCGUCGUCUUCGGGAAUGAUCGUCUGCAUCUACUUCAUCAUCCUCUUCAUUUGCGGUAACUAUAUUCUACUGAAUGUCUUCUUGGCCAUUGCUGUAGACAAUUUGGCUGAUGCUGAAAGUUUGAAUACCGCUCAGAAAGAGGAAGCUGAAGAAAAGGAAAGGAAGAAGAUUGCCAGAAAAGAAAGCCUGGAAAAUAAAAAGAACAACAAACCAGAAGUCAACCAGAUAGCCAACAGUGACAACAAGGUCACCAUCGAUGACUACCGAGAAGAGGAUGAGGACAAGGACCCCUACCCGCCUUGUGAUGUGCCAGUAGGUGAAGAGGAAGAGGAGGAGGAAGAGGAUGAACCCGAGGUUCCUGCUGGCCCCCGUCCUCGCAGAAUCUCUGAGUUGAACAUGAAAGAGAAAAUCACCCCCAUCCCCGAAGGGAGCGCUUUCUUCAUUCUUAGCAAGACCAACCCGAUCCGCGUGGGCUGCCACAAGCUCAUCAACCACCACAUCUUCACCAACCUUAUCCUCGUCUUCAUCAUGCUGAGCAGCGCUGCCCUCGCCGCCGAGGACCCCAUCCGCAGCCACUCCUUCCGGAACACUAUACUGGGUUACUUUGACUAUGCUUUCACAGCCAUCUUUACUGUUGAAAUCCUGUUAAAGAUGACGACUUUUGGAGCUUUCCUCCACAAAGGGGCUUUCUGCAGGAACUACUUCAACUUACUGGAUAUGCUGGUUGUUGGGGUGUCUCUGGUGUCAUUUGGGAUCCAAUCCAGUGCCAUCUCUGUUGUGAAGAUCCUGAGAGUCUUACGGGUCCUGAGACCGCUCAGGGCAAUCAACAGAGCAAAAGGACUUAAGCACGUGGUCCAGUGCGUCUUUGUGGCCAUCCGGACAAUUGGCAACAUCAUGAUCGUCACCACCCUCCUCCAGUUCAUGUUUGCCUGCAUCGGGGUGCAGCUCUUCAAGGGAAAGUUUUACCGAUGCACAGAUGAAGCCAAAAGUAACCCCGAAGAAUGCAGGGGGCUCUUCAUCCUCUACAAGGAUGGGGAUGUCGAUAACCCUGUGGUCCGUGAGAGGAUCUGGCAAAACAGCGAUUUCAACUUUGACAACGUCCUCUCAGCUAUGAUGGCCCUGUUCACGGUCUCCACGUUCGAGGGCUGGCCCGCGUUGCUGUACAAAGCCAUUGACUCGAACGGAGAGAACGUCGGCCCCAUCUACAACUACCGCGUGGAGAUCUCCAUCUUCUUCAUCAUCUACAUCAUCAUCGUAGCGUUCUUCAUGAUGAACAUCUUUGUGGGCUUCGUCAUCGUCACGUUUCAGGAGCAGGGGGAGAAAGAGUAUAAGAACUGUGAGCUGGACAAAAAUCAGCGUCAGUGUGUUGAAUACGCCUUGAAAGCACGUCCCUUGCGGAGAUACAUCCCCAAAAACCCCUACCAGUACAAGUUCUGGUACGUGGUGAACUCCUCGCCUUUCGAAUACAUGAUGUUUGUCCUCAUCAUGCUCAACACACUCUGCUUGGCCAUGCAGCACUACGAGCAGUCCAAGAUGUUUAAUGACGCCAUGGACAUCCUGAACAUGGUCUUCACUGGGGUGUUCACUGUCGAGAUGGUUUUGAAAGUCAUUGCGUUUAAACCUAAGGGGUACUUUAGUGAUGCCUGGAACACGUUUGACUCCCUCAUCGUAAUCGGCAGCAUUGUAGACGUGGCGCUCAGCGAAGCCGACAACUCUGAAGAGAGCAAUAGAAUCUCCAUCACCUUUUUCCGUCUUUUCCGAGUGAUGCGAUUGGUGAAGCUUCUCAGCAGGGGGGAAGGCAUCCGGACACUGCUGUGGACUUUUAUUAAGUCCUUCCAGGCGCUCCCGUAUGUCGCCCUUCUCAUCGCCAUGCUGUUCUUCAUCUACGCGGUUAUCGGCAUGCAGAUGUUUGGGAAAGUUGCCAUGAGAGAUAACAACCAGAUCAACAGGAACAACAAUUUCCAGACCUUUCCCCAGGCUGUGCUGCUGCUUUUCAGGUGUGCGACGGGGGAGGCCUGGCAGGAAAUCAUGCUGGCCUGCCUCCCGGGAAAGCUCUGUGACCCCGAGUCCGAUUACAACCCCGGGGAGGAGUACACCUGUGGGAGCAACUUCGCCAUUGUUUAUUUCAUCAGUUUUUACAUGCUCUGCGCAUUUCUGAUCAUCAACCUGUUUGUGGCUGUCAUCAUGGACAAUUUCGAUUAUCUGACCCGGGACUGGUCUAUUCUGGGGCCUCACCAUUUAGACGAAUUCAAAAGAAUAUGGUCCGAAUAUGACCCCGAGGCAAAGGGAAGAAUCAAGCACCUGGACGUGGUCACUCUGCUCCGCCGCAUCCAGCCCCCCCUGGGGUUUGGGAAAUUGUGUCCACACAGGGUAGCCUGCAAGAGACUAGUUGCCAUGAACAUGCCGCUCAACAGUGAUGGGACAGUCAUGUUUAAUGCAACUCUGUUUGCUUUGGUCCGAACGGCUCUUAAAAUCAAGACGGAAGGGAACCUGGAACAAGCUAAUGAAGAACUCCGAGCUGUGAUCAAGAAAAUCUGGAAGAAAACCAGCAUGAAACUACUUGACCAAGUUGUCCCUCCAGCUGGUGAUGAUGAGGUAACCGUGGGGAAGUUCUAUGCCACUUUCCUGAUACAGGACUACUUUAGGAAAUUCAAGAAACGGAAAGAACAAGGACUGGUGGGAAAAUACCCCGCGAAGAACAGCACAAUUGCCCUACAGGCGGGAUUAAGGACACUGCACGACAUUGGGCCAGAAAUCCGGCGUGCUAUAUCAUGUGAUUUGCAAGAUGAUGAGCCGGAGGAAACAAAAGGCGACGAAGAAGAAGAUGUGUUCAAAAGAAAUGGUGCCCUGCUUGGAAACCAUGUCAAUCAUGUUAAUAGUGAUAGGAGAGAUUCCCUUCAGCAGACCAAUACCACCCACCGUCCCCUGCAUGUCCAAAGGCCUUCAAUUCCACCUGCAAGUGAUACUGAGAAACCGCUGUUUCCUCCAGCAGGAAAUUCGGUGUGUCAUAACCAUCAUAACCAUAAUUCCAUAGGAAAGCAAGUUCCCAGCUCAACAAAUGCCAAUCUCAAUAAUGCCAAUAUGUCCAAAGCUGCCCCUGGAAAACGGCCCAGCAUUGGGAACCUUGAGCAUGUGUCUGAAAAUGGGCAUCAUUCCUUCCACAAGCAUGGCCGUGAGCCUCAAAGAAGGUCCAGUAUUAAAAGGUCUGACUCAGGAGACGAGCAGUUCCCAGCUAUUUGCCGGGAAGACCCCGAGAUACACGGCUACUUCAGGGAGCCCUGCUGCUUGGGGGAGCAGGAGUACUUCAGCAGUGAGGAGUGCUACGAGGAUGACAGCUCGCCCACCGGGAGCAGGCAAAGCUACAGCUGUGGCUACUACACCCGAUACCCAGGCAGCAGCUUGGACUUCGAGCGGCCUCGAGGCUACCAUCACCCCCAAAGCUUCUCGGAGGAUGAUGACUCGCCUGUCUGCUAUGAUUCCCGGAGGUCUCCAAGGAGACGCCUGCUCCCUCCCACCCCAACAUCCCCCCGGAGAUCCUCCUUCAACUUCGAGUGCCUGCGCCGGCACAGCAGCCAGGAGGAGGUCCCGCCAUCCCCCGCCUUCCCCCACCGCACGGCCCUGCCUCUGCACCUGAUGCAGCAACAGAUCAUGGCAGUCGCCGGCCUAGAUUCCAGCAAAGCCCAGAAGUACUCGCCGAGCCACUCCACCCGGUCGUGGGCCACCCCGCCAGCGACCCCGUCGUACAGGGACUGGACGCCGUGCUACACCCCACUGAUCCAGGUCGAGCGGUCGGAGGCCCCGGACCAGGUCAACGGCAGCCUACCGUCCCUGCACCGCAGCUCGUGGUACACGGAUGAGCCCGGCGUCUCCUAUCGGACGUUCACACCAGCCAGCCUGACCGUCCCCAGCAGCUUCCACAACAAAAACAGCGACAAGCAGAGGAGCGCAGACAGCUUGGUGGAGGCGGUUCUGAUAUCCGAAGGCUUAGGACGGUAUGCGAGGGACCCAAAAUUCGUGUCAGCGACAAAACACGAAAUCGCCGAUGCCUGUGACCUAACCAUCGACGAGAUGGAGAGUGCAGCCAGCAACCUGCUGAACGGGAAUGUGCAUCCCCGGGCCAAUGGGGACGUGGGGCCCGUCUCACACCGGCAGGACUACGAGCUCCAGGACUUCGGGCCUGGCUACAGCGACGAGGAGCCGGACCCCGGGAGGGAUGAGGAGGACCUGGCAGAUGAAAUGAUUUGCAUCACCACCCUGUAGCCCCCAGGGAGCGGCCGACUGGCUCUGGCCUCAGGUGGGGUGCUGGAGGGCCGGGGGAAAAGUGCCUCGUAGUUAGGAAAAUUUAGGCACUAGUGUGGAGUCCCUAUUCAAUUAGACUUUUGUACAAGUGAUGUCAUGCCUCAAGGAAGCCAUAAAUCUGGUAAGGGACAGCCGCGCCCACACGCUCAGCCCCAGCUGUGGGCAAGAGCAGGUCCAGCCCUCCUGGAGAGGACCAGCGAGGAGGUCGGACAAGCCCUGCCCGCUUGUCCAGAGCGCUGGCCCGCCACCCGCGGGCAUGGGGGGAAGGUUUAAAGGUGAUGACGAUCACCAUACCUAUGUCAUUACCUCAGCCAUCGGUCUAGCAUAUCAGACGUUCACUGGGCCCAGCGUAUCCAUUUUUAAACCCCUUUCCCCCCAAAACACACUGCUUCCUGAUUCCUGUUCGGCUCUUCUGAAAUACAGUGUGUAAGUCAGGACCUACCUACCAGCCGUCAUCCUGAGAGGGGAGCGGGACCCUGUAACGGGGUUUUCUGUGAUGUGACGCCAGUUUACAGGAGAGAGCAUCACUCCGACGGUCGGUUUCUGACUGUCAGGCAAAGGGCAACUGUAAACUGGAAUAAAUAAUGCACUCGCAACCAGGUAAACUUAGAUACGCUAGUUUGUUUAAAAAUUCUAGAUUUACUGUAUAUGACUUGUAAUAUACUAUAAUUUGUAUUUGUAAAGAGAUGGUCUAUAUUUUGUAAUUAUUGUACCGUAUUUGAAAUGCAGCAAUAUCCAUGGGUCCUAAUAAUUGUAGUUCCCCACUCAAAUCUAGAAACUAUUAGUAUUUUUACUCGGGCUAUAGAGAAGUAGAAGAAAUAGAGCUGAUUCUCAUCUAUCCAGUGGAAAUCUUUUGGGGGUGAAAUUUUAAGUUCAGAAGAACUUGGCACUACAGAGAUUUUUCUAAACUAUUUUGAGUCACUAUACAUCUGUCUUUACACAGGAGAUGCCAGAUGACUGUCUGCGGUCUUUUUUUGGGGCAGGGGUUCUGUGACUUGAUGUUGUACCUUCCCAUCCACCAUGGGUUGCAGCUGUCUUUUGUUUUGCUUUAGUAACUCUCCGAUGAGCACACUGCAGCCUAGGUCGAGCUGGUUACUCUGACCCGGUGGCAUUCAUAGUUGUGGUUUUCUCAGCUGCCCCCCCACAGGAUAUUUCCGGCGCAGAAAUAAUCGCACAGGUGAAUGAAGUCCUUCUGCUGUUGUCCCCUGGGGACUGGUAAGGCUGCUUGUCUUAGGAGAGAAAUAAGGAGUGCUGGGGACAGAGGGGGCAAAGGAUGAUCUAUAGGACUAGACGUCGGGCUCUGUACAAAUCGUAUUGUUGCCUUUUUACAAAACAUUGCUGUACUGUGUGUUCUCUUUGAGGGCUUUUAUAUGCAACUGAAUGAGGGCUGAAGUUUUCAUUAGAAUGCACUCACACUCCAAUUGUACUUCUCGAUGAAAACCCACUUUUGGAUCAUUAGACCCAUCAAGGCUUCCUUUUCUGUUCACAGAAUUAUGCCGACUUUGUCAAGUUACCUUGGCAGGGAUUCCCUGCAGUCAAAAAGACUGGUAGCGAUUUUUGGUUCAAAGUUUUUAAAUAUUACGUAACCUGUUAAUGUUUUUUUUUUUUUUGUAAAUAACACUUUGUUAUGAAGACCUUACACACCUCUUCUUAAGACAUUCUUACUCCAGAUCCAGGCAAAAACACUUCAAGGUUUGUAAAUGACUAUUUCCUGACGUAAAUUCUUUUUUAUUAAAAUGCAAA